AUGACACAAGAAAGUUGCCAGUAUCUAGGCAAACUUCCACCUAAGCUUCAAGAUCCAGGAAGCUUCACCAUUCCCUGCGUUAUAGGAAACACAUACCAAGGGAAAGCCUUGUGUGAUUUAGGGGCUAACAUCAAUCUCAUGCCUCUAUCUGUCUUCAAACAAUUAUCCACUGGACCAGCUGACCCAACCACGGUAACCUUACAAAUGGCAGACAGAUCCAUUGUCAAACCAGAAGGGAACAUUGAAGAUCUGCUAGUCAAAGUGGACAAAUUCAUCUUGCUCGCUGAUUUCAUCAUCUUGGAUUAUGAAGCUAAUAUUGACGUUCCCAUCAUUCUAGGUAGACCGUUCCUAGCAACUGGAGGAGUAGUCAUCAAUGUACAAAAGGGGAACUAA